AUGUCGACUUCUGAUGGUGUCCAGCCGAUCCUCGAUGCAAAGACGAUAGUUGAUAGUCUUAAGAGUGGACGACUGAAUCAGAUCACAGAACCUUUAUUAGGGCAAACCCACAUUACACAGGAGUAUUUGACAGUUUUAAUACAUGCGAUGACAAAGGACCCGACCCGACUCCAGUUAUACCUAGACCGGCUUGAAUUUGAAGGAAAUAAUUUAAAUAUAGAAAAAACGAUAUUUGAAUUAAUAGAAGCUGGGAUGUCAGAAAAUGCCCAAAAAUUUGCUGAAAAACGCUCUCCGUCGAGUUAUGUGAAAAUUUUAUUACGAAACGCCGUGUGUCAAAGUGAGAAAACUGCGCUUGAGAGUUACAGCCAAAUUAUAUUGUAUAUUAAUAACCAACCAUUUAAGAACAAAAUUGCUUUGAUCAAAAGUUUUGGAAAAACAUUGGUGGACUCGUUGCUCCCGUUGAACGGUGGCGACGACUUAAUCAAAAAGAUCACCGACCUCUUGGUAAGUCUCUUUAUCGAUAAACCGUCGAACGAAGAUCGCCUUGACCCCGGUGACUUUUUGAGUAUCAUGGAAAACUGUCAGCAACAACAAGACAAUUUCUUACGAAAGAUCCAAGCCAAAAUCGGGGAGUUAGCUGCGCAGAAUGAAAAGGUUGGGGACUUACUAAUAGAGAUGGAUUUGAAGUCGAGUAAUCCACAAGACAAGAAUAAGGCGAUUACAUUAUAUAAGUCCGCAGACUCGAAGAAAGAAAAUUUGAAGAACCUCUUUUUCCAAAGUCGAAUUCUUGACGAAGUGGUCAAUGACCAAGACGAAAAAGUACUUUGCUUACUCCAAGAGAAGAAGACGUGUAGUUUGGAGGAGAAUAUGAACAUCGGAAUACAUUACUUGCCCCUCAUCUGUGAAGAGGAAGUCCAAACAAACAGUUUUGAGGGCUUUGAAAAAUUCCUGAAAAGCACUUUCCAAGAAGGGAUGGAACACAUGCCCCCACAUAAAAUCAUUUCAGUGUUGGAAAUUCUGUCGAAUCCGGAAUUUGAGAAGAACGUCCAAUUUGACUCGAAGAUUAAAGAGAGUCUCAAAACAGGGUUAUCGUUCAUAGACGAGGUCCCUACAUUGAGAGAGGCGAUUGAAGAGAGACAAAACUCGUUGAGUGACCAUUUGGUAUUCAGACAGACACGUUGCGCAAAUUGUGGACAAGAGUUCACGGAUAGCGAGAGUGAAUACCCCAUCGUCCAUUUCCAUUGCGGACAUUCAUUCCAUAAAAAGUGUUUGGGGAGUGCCACAGAAUGUCCGAAAAAUCAUAUGAGUGGUCCGAUGAAAGUCAUUGGCGAAGAGGAAUUUGAAAGAGCAGUGAAUGGGGCGGACUUUAAUGGGUUCUAUGAAUUAAUUAAUUCAGUCUCAUCCAUUUUUGGAAACGAGAAAGACGAAUUUGCUAAGGAAAGUCAACUUGGACAGAGCGAACAAAUUGGAACGGAAUCAAUCACUAACAACUUACCAGAACCUAACGAACAAAUGAAAGACCCAGAUAACUACUUGCAAAAAAUUGACACAUCGAACCCAUUCUUGGUUAACGAUAACACUAACACUGAGAAAGAAGAAAAUAAGGAAGAGAAUCCAUCAAAUGACCUCUUUAACGAACUGUUUUAA